UUUGAAAAUGCUGAGACUCUGCUCAUAUCUGAAGUAAAUAUGCUUUUGGAGCAUAGAAAACAGCAGAAUGAGAGUGCAGAAGAGGAACAAGAACUGUCGGAAGUUUUUAUGAAAACUUUAAGUUACUGUCAACGAUUCAGUCGUUUUAAAAAUCGUGAAACCAUAUCCGCUGUAAGAAGUCUUCUAAUGCAAAAAAAACUUCAUAAAUUUGAGCUUGCACAAUUAGCAAAUUUAUGUCCUGAAACACCUGAAGAAGCAAAGGCAUUGAUACCAAGAAAAUUUUUAUUACAUUUUGAUCAAACUAAUCAAUAUGAAUUUUUUUAG